AUGCCGGUGACCGAAACUGAUGCAAAUUGUCUUAGGGAUCACGAACUUCGAUUUACAGUCCAUGAAUCUCCAGAUUACUUCAAGCUGAAAGUGUCGGUGUUCAACGACGACAAAAAGACCGAUUUGAUUGGAGAGACCUGGAUUGAUCUACAGAACCUGAUUAUCCCUGGCGGAAGUCAAAAUGAUCAUUGGCACCCGCUGCAGUCGCGAGGAAAGUACGCUGGCGAUAUUCGACUCGAAAUGACUUAUUAUGAUACCCGAGAACAGGAUGAAGCGUUGAUCGGUCGACGAAAGGAAGCUGCAGAGAGGGUUCAAGGAAAGACUCAUGCAUCGUCCAACUCGAGCCCGUCAGUAUUGUCUAGUCUUUCUGGUCCGAGGCAAUUAAAUGCAGUCAAGAGACGACCACUACCCACUGACCCUUCAGGGGCUACCCCUCCACAACCUUCUCCAUUGCAUCACCCCAUGUCUGCGCGACCACCGACGCGUGAUCAUGCCAACACCGUGCCUCCUGUUCAAGUGUCAACCACUGGGCAAGACUUUGACUCGCGUCCGCUACAACCACGCGCCCACUCUGACUCUGACCGCCCUCCACAGCGUGACUACCAUCCUGCAUCUCAGUAUCAGACUGACGGACAAAGGGAGAGCCCAAUACGACGCGCUCCCUCAGCCACAUGA